AUGGCGCGCGUCUCAGGGGCGACCGUGCUCCUCAUCCUCAUCGCCACCGUGUCCGUGUACACCUGCGCCAUCAUCGCCGGUGCCGCUCUCGGCCGGGCGCUGGACAGGCCCACGAGGACGAUGACGAAGCAGCCACCGGCGAGGGAUAUCGCCCUCCGCAUCAGCGUCAGCUUCAGAGGCCUCGCGGAGGACUUCGCAAAGGUGAUCACCAUGAAACCUAGCCAUCUCGACCGGUCGAGGAGCUCUGGCGUGGUUAUCACAGGGAAGAGGGACGAUCAGGCGGCGGAGCUCACCCCGGCGCCGGCGACAGAGACAGAGCAGCAGCAUAUAGAAGCUAUGAACAUUCAACUGGCGAGGCGCGGGCUGCUCAGCAACUUCUCCGGCGAGAUCACGAACGGGGCGCGUCCGCGAGGAGCAGGAGGAGUGGUUAAGGUCGGGCCGUGGGGAGGAUCGGGCGGGCAAGGUUUCUACAUGCCCGGCGCCCGUAGCCCGGGCGCGGGCGGUGGCACGCCUCGCCUCCUCAGCGUCACCCUCUACCACGCCGACGCGGUGCACGCCUUCUCUUUCGAGUAUCUUCUGGGUGGGGUUUUGGUGGGACGGACGAUGGCGCCGUCUGGCGGCCGUUCCCAUGGCUCAAAGGGACUCCGUGCGACGAUCAAUUUCUCACCGGAUGAACAUCUCACCGCCGUCGAGGGGACGUUUGGGUGUUGCAGAAGCGUUCCUGAAGUCGUCAUCACCUCGUUGACAUUCCGUACAGACAAGGGAAGAACGUACGGACCGUACGGCGACGGGACCGGCACGCCCUUCUCCAUCCCGGCCGCAAAUGGUUGCAUCGUGGGCUUCUGGGGACGCUCUGGCUGGCUGCUCGAUGCGAUUGGAGUUUACAUCAUGCCAUGCCAAGUUUAA